ACAACCAUUUAAAUUUUCCUCGGGCGGUUCUCAGUAUAUGAAUCCAUUCUAUAAAUACAUGGCAGUACACGAUUCAACAGAGACUUUUCAGGUGAAUCAUGGAGAGAGAGAGUCAAAAUGGUGUAAAUAACGAGAUCGAUGAUCCUAAAGCGCCGCUGCUGGAUGGGUGGAAGUUAAGAGGGAGCGGGCGGCUCAGCCGCAGACUCAGUCGCCGGAACUCAGUCAACUCGCUUCGCAAUGAAUUUAUCUCCAGGCUGCCUGAUAAGGUCCGGUCAGGAGUUGACCCUGAGUCCUCCUCUCUCUUUGAUCUAUCUAGAACUAUGGGUUUAACCAAAGGUGAAAAGGAAUAUUAUGACAAUCAGUUUGCAACCUUGAAAUCAUUCGAGGAAGUCGAUUCCUUGGUGGCAUCUGACUCUGUAUAUGAGGAAGAUCUAGAGGAGCAAGCACAACACGAGAGAGCAAUGAAAAUUUCUAAUUAUGCAAAUAUUUUACUGCUGGCUUUUAAGAUCUUCGCUACCAUAAAGAGUGGAUCACUUGCCAUUGCUGCAUCGACCCUGGAUUCCUUACUUGAUCUCAUGGCUGGAGGAAUACUUUGGUUCACCCACCUCUCGAUGAAAAAUAUUGACAUUUAUAAAUAUCCAAUUGGGAAAUUGCGAGUGCAGCCAGUGGGCAUUGUCAUUUUUGCUGCUAUUAUGGCUACACUCGGCUUUCAGGUACUGGUUCAGGCUAUAGAACAACUAGUUGAAAAUAAAUCUCCAGCAAAGAUGACCUCUGAACAGCUUAUAUGGUUGUAUGCAAUCAUGAUAACUGCCACAGUCGUAAAACUUGUUCUGUGGAUUUACUGCAGAAGCUCAGGAAAUAAGAUUGUUCGAGCCUACGCAAAGGAUCAUUAUUUCGAUGUGGUAACUAAUGUAGUAGGAUUAGUUGCGGCAGUUCUAGGUGACAAGUUCUUCUGGUGGCUUGACCCUGCUGGAGCCCUUAUCCUUGCAGUUUAUACGAUUUCAAACUGGUCGGGAACUGUUCUAGAAAAUGCAGUGUCACUAGUGGGACAAUCCGCACCUCCUGAAGUAUUGCAGAAAUUGACAUAUCUUGUGAUGAGACACCCUAAGAUCAAGCGCGUUGACACUGUUCGCGCAUACACGUUUGGUGUUCUAUAUUUUGUUGAGGUUGAUAUUGAACUCCCCAGAGAUUUGCCCUUAAACGAAGCUCAUACGAUUGGAGAGACACUUCAGAUAAAGAUUGAGAAACUUCCUGAAGUUGAACGAGCAUUCGUUCAUCUUGAUUUCGAAUGUGAACAUAAACCCGAGCACUCUAUUCUGAGCAGGCUUCCCAACAGCGAGCCUUGAGUUUGAUUCGAUUGUCCAAGAAUCCUCCCAAAAUUCACGAUGAAGAUGGUAUAUUGCAUUUUACUCUUUUUCUUUUUUCUUUCCACUUUGUCGAGAGUUUCAAUGUAAAGAAGAGUUCAAAUUAUCACGAGUGUUUUAUAUCGAAGAAUGAGUUAGACGAAGCAUAGUUUUCUCUACAAUAUACAUCUGUUACUGCUUAAAAAUGUAUAAAUAUUGCACUAUAAUCUUAAAUCUAGCAUCCAGUUUACACUUA